GCUUGCUCCCUGUAGUCUCGCGGGAACAGCUUAGUUUAUCCGUAGGAAAGAAAGGAUUUGCAAAUGGAGGUGGCAGAAAUGAUCAUUCUUUGAACGACACAAGGUAUAUUUAGCCAUGUCUGAAUCUCUGUAUGAGAAGUUUUUGGCCCCGGAGGAGCCUUUCCCUCUCCUUUCCCAAAGAACCAACCUCAGUGAUGUGGGAACCCUGGAUGUCAGUGACUUUGGCUGUCAACUCUCAUCUUGUCACAGAACAGAUCCUCUACACCGCUUCCACAGCAACAGGUGGAACCUGACUUCCUGUGGGACCAGUGUAGCCAGCUCAGAGUGCAGCGAGGAGCUCUUCUCCUCUGUGUCUGUGGGGGAUCAGGACGACUGUUACUCCCUUCUGGAUGACCAAGAACUAACAUCUCUGGACUUGUUUCCAGAGGGCAGCGUUUGCAGUGACGUCUCCUCCUCUAUCAGCACCUAUUGGGACUGGUCCGACAGCGAGUUUGAGUGGCAGUUGCCAGGAAGUGACAUCGCCAGUGGCAGUGAUGUCCUUUCUGACAUCAUCCCGAGCGUGCCAAGUUCACCCUGUCUGUUUUCCAAGAGGAAGCCUAAGUCCCACCCUCAUCGCAACCUGGAUGAAUUGCCGUGGAGUGCCAUGACCAACGAUGAACAAGUGGAGUACAUUGAGUACCUGAGUCGCAAGGUCAGCACAGAGAUGGGCCUGAGAGAGCAGCUGGACAUCAUCAAGAUCAUCGACCCCUGUGCUCAGAUCUCUCCCACCGAUAGUGAAUUCAUCAUAGAACUCAACUGUCUCACCGACGAGAAGCUCAAACAGGUGCGUAACUACAUCAGAGAGCACAGCCCCAGGCAGCGGGCCAGCAGCACCAGAGAGAGCUGGAAGAGGAGCAGCCACAGCAGUGCCAGCACCGGCGGUGUGAGCGGAGCCAGCAGCAGUAACGCGAGCAUGGUCAGCUCCUCCAGCUCCUCCACUGGCUCUACAGCCUCCAACUCCAUAGCGGGUGGUACGGCAUCAGCCUGUAGUGGAAGCAGUGUUGCCAACAUUAGCAGAGCUCACAGUGAUGGAAACCUUUCCAGUGCUGCAGAACGUAUACGAGACUCUAAAAAACGCUCAAAGCAGCGUAAGCUUCAGCAAAAAGCCCUCCGGAAGCGGCAGCUGAAGGAGCAGCGACAGGCCCGCAAGGAGCGUCUGAGUGGACUGUUUCUGAACGAGGAGGUGCUGUCGCUGCGAGUGACGGAGGAGGACGACCACAGUGACGACCUGGACAUACUGAUGUGACACCAGUGAAUCAAUCAGUGCUCCCUCUAUGCCUGCUCUCUCACCGCCCAGCCACUACCGUAGAGAUUAUAGACCACGCUAAUCCAGAUCUCUGCAUGCAUUCGCUUUGAGUAGGCAAACACGCUCGUAAUGCAGUAAUAGCUUGUAGUAGCUUGACAUUUUGCUUGCUAAUACUAGUAUAGUACCGCUAGUGCUAAAACUGAUAGCUGCUGCAAUCACUGCUAAGCUAGCUACAGCAGUAAUACUGGUAACGCUUUGAUUCUGACCUCAGUUUAGCCUGCUUAUAGCCAGCACUAAUGCUGAACCUAGAAGGCUCGUAGAUGCACAUGAAAAUACACUAUUAAUGACAGUUAUUUCAUUAAUAGAGGAUUGCUUAAAGAUGCUCUAACAGCUUAUAUCCACUGCUACUAAUACAGCCACCACUGGCAGAAGGAAAGUUCAGGCAAGAGAAGCAGAGUUUGUCCACAUUAUGCAGAUGCUGCUCUGUGGAAAACCAGGGGAUGAGAACAAGUUUUAUUUUUCCAUAAUAAUACAUGAGCAACUAUAUGCAAUUUGAAAGUCUUUUGGCUAAUUUUGGUGGUGGUUUUCACCCAUCUACCUACACAUCCAUCCAUCCUCUACAGGGCUCUAUCUGCCAUCGGCCAAACUCUGUUCAUCUGCAGCUCUAGUUUAAACUGCUGUAGGUAAUGUACAGCAUUAUAUAAAUAUGAGUACCCUCAUAGGGACACGUGCGGGGAAAACGGCACAAAAUCGUGCGAUUGAAAUCUCUCAUUGGUUAAGCAAUUUCUCUAAAUGGCGAAUGCUUGAAGCUGGAUUUAGAGUUAAAGAUUAGAUUAUUUUAAGGGGGAAAUGAUUUAUAUUGCUGAAGAGCAUCCUCCAAAACUAGCAUCUGAGGUUAGGAGGUUUGUGGUGUGGAAACUGAAGUGAAAGGAAGUGAGCUGGUCUGUCUUUCUAUCUGCUGAGUGUUGUGGUCCCAUUUCACUCUUAAGGCUUAGAGGGAGCACUGAAACUGUGCAUGUUUAAAUCGUCACCCACAGUCCCUGUGAGGUCCGAUAACUACCAACUUGCAUCAUUGUUUGCAUAGAAAAAUAGCUACAGUGUUGUAAAUAAAUGAUAAAUAACAGCAUAUUUACUGCUUGCUUUAAGGUUUUCCUUGGUGAUAAAGAUUUGAUAUAACAUUUUCCCAUAUAUAUAUAAACACAGACACUAAUUGGUUAUCUUUGUGUUGUCAUUUGCCACUGGUUCUUUGUAUAUUUUGAGUCUUAUUUUGAAGCAUUUAGCUGUUUUGUUAAGUACUUGAGUUUGGUCAUCGUCUCACAUCUUUUGAACUCUGACUUUGUGAAGUCCUCUUAGUUUCUCUGCCAGCCCUCCUACUGUAUAUUCCAUCUUUUACCUCCGUUCACACUUUUGAAUGAUUUGAUCACCAUCUUAAGUUUUGAAGCAUUUGAGCGUUGGUAAAGUUUUGACAGAUCACAUUGUGUCUGUCCACGUACUGUAUGGCUGGUUUGGCUUCAGCGCUAAACUUGAGCUGGUUUCUUAAAAAUGCGCAUCUAACAUUGAGCCAUGAACUCAGCAGAAGUGUGUUAAUUUUGUUAAACGGCUCAACACAGCUUUUGGAGUUACCAUGCCGUUUUAUCUUUUUGCUAGAAGCAACCUGAGAAAAUUGUUUUGUGUCUACCUUGCAAGAAACACUUUCCCAUGACUUGUCAGCUAUAAAAUGAUGAACCACUACAGUUAUUGGCUUAAAAAGCCUGUUAUUUCUAAUGCUUUGUGUACUGAGUUUUGGCUCUGUUGUCUCUGUCUCAUGUAUAAAGUUAUUAAUUACAGCAAUUAUGUUAAAUGCAGCUUUGAGUAUUCUGUAGUUAUGAAUUAGUAAAAAUCUAUUUUGAAAAAUAAGAAUUUUGAAAAAAAAUAAAAUAAACCAGUGUGAUGCAACAAAGUUAUUUGUGUAUUUAAGGUACCAAUAUAAAUGAUAUUGAACUGAUUAAAUAUGAUUUAAAAAGGUUUUGGUCUAAACCAAAUGGUUUUUGGAGGGUGAACCUCCCUCAGUGUCAUUGUCAGAAUUUUUACGCCUGUUGAGGUCAAAAUAUUUUAACCAUCAAGCCCCCCUUCCUUACAAAGCCCUAUGAAGCAGUAUUGCCUGCAGGUGUCCCUUGUAUUAUCACCGGCUAAAGUGUAUUGAUUACCUGCUGUCAUGUUGGUGGUUCAGGCAGGACUGCGCAGUUCUGAUUUACUUUAAACUUAACAAAUAAACUGACAUUGUUGCAUCCUA